AUGUCGCCUCCCAAGCAUUCACUACCGAUCGCCCACUGGGCUGCUAUCCUCCAGCAAGCCCGCAUUGAGCUUGAGCUUUUGUCCGGCGAGACAUUCACCCUCCCCGACGAGACUCCCUGGUCGGUUGUCGUCAAGAAGAAGGGUAAGAAGAGCAAAAGGAAGGACAAGAAGAAGGACACAAAGAAGAUUGGCAAACGGCCCGCACCCGACAAGUCUACCUCACCUUCCAUUCACGACAACCUCGAGAAAUCCGUCACCUGGCAUACCAGGGAUGUGAUGAAGCGGAGAACCACGUGGAAUCAUAAGAAGAAGCGGGUGUACACCUACACCUCCUUGCCCAAAGACUUCGACAUCUAUGAAGACACCAAGGCCCUAUCCAAGGCCGAAAAGCACUGGAUUAUCAGCGGCCACCGAUUUCACCCGCAGCACGGACUAGAGCCAAUACCCGAGAAGAGCAAGCUCUCCUUGACAAAGCCCAGGUUGCCCAGGGUCGACCCGAUCCCACACCAGCGACGGGGUCCAGUGGCGGUUGUCCCUGCACCCAUUACGACCGGGAAGUCGCUCUGGUCGCAGGUGGCUGCCAAGCCAGCCGUGCCCAAAGUGCCGGUUAAGCCACCCGUCACUAAGCCAUCUUUUGCCAAAGUCUCGGCUAAGCCACCCGUGACUAAGCCGGCGGCCGUGUCCGAAGUCCCGGCCAAGGCACCCGCCGUCACGCUCAAGAAGAAGAUGCCGCCAACUUUGGGCGUUCCGGCCUCGAAAGUGUCCCCAGUUCCAGCUGCGACACCCAAGCUGCCAAAGCUUCCUUCCGUCGACUCGACCCUCCGUCGGCAGGGCCUCGGCAUUUGA